UCAUUCCAAACUAAAACAAGGAUGAAGGUGAAUUCCACUCAGGUUGUAUAUUUUACUCUAAAUGCCUACUUGGACACCAGUUCAUUCACCUGCUUCUUCUUCAUGAUAGUUCUGAUCCUGUAUGUUUUAAUCGUUGGUUGUAACGUUCUGCUCAUCGUCGUCAUCAGUGUGAACAGGACUCUACAUGAACCCAUGUACAUGUUUCUGUGCAGCUUGUUUGUGAAUGAGCUGUAUGGAAGUACAGGCUUGUUUCCCUUCCUGCUGAUUCAGAUUCUCUCUGAUGUUCACAUCAUUUCUGCUCCUCUCUGUUUCCUGCAGAUCUUCUGUGUUUACUCUUACGCAAGUAUAGAGUUUACUAACCUGGCCGUCAUGUCUUAUGACAGAUAUCUGGCCAUCUGUCAUCCUCUGCAGUAUAAAACAAUAAUGUCACCCAGGAGAAUAGUCUUUCUCAUUGCUGUCAUAUGGUUUCCUCCUUUUUUAGCUGUUGGUGGAACAACCUUCUUGACUUUCUCUUUGCAGCUUUGUGGGGAAAUUAUUGAUAAAAUUGCUUGUUUUAAUCACUCCAUUAUAAAACUGGCCUGUUACGACCCCAGACUCAAUAAUAUCUAUGAACUUGUGAUGUCUUUUCUCACAGUCUGUGUUCCGUUAUCUGUAAUUUUUUACACUUACAUGAGGAUCCUUAAAGUGUGUUUUUCUGGAUCCAAACAGACUCGACAGAAGGCCGUCAGCACCUGCACGCCUCACCUGGCCUCUCUGCUAAACUUCUCUUUUGGUGUUUCCUUUGAAAUACUACAGAGCAGGUUUAAUCUGAGCAAUGCUCCCAGCAUGUUGCAGAAAGUUUUAUCUCUUUAUUACCUUACGUGUCAACCGCUGUUUAACCCGGUUAUGUACGGCCUGAAUAUGUCUAAAGUGCGCAGCAUGUGUAAGGAGCUGAUUCUACUCUGUAGGAAGAAAUGUUAGUCAUGUUUGCUUGUGUUAAGAAAAAUACCGUAAUAAGGGUUGGGGGGAUAUUACACAUGUCCGUUAUUGAGAUACUAAAGAUUUGCAAAUAAAAUAUUCUGAUGGAUAAAACAGUGUGUUUAUUUAUGAGUGAUGUUUUCUGGGGCGAUGGUGGCUGAGGAGUUAGGAGUUCACCCUGUAAACCGUGGGUUGCCUUUUCUAUCCCAGGUUACGUAAGUGUUGUGUCCUCGAACAGGAAGACACUUCACCCACUUUGUCUCUUCCUGUUCCAUAAUGCACGUAAAGCUUAUUGUGGUUCCAGUCGCCAUAUUGAUUGAUUGGGAUAGGGAUUGAUAGUCAUUCCAUGGGGAUUGAUUGAUUGAUAUUGAGGGUCUUUGGUUGGCUGUGGUGAGGUAAACUCCCACCUGCAGGAUGGGAUCAUUUCAUCCUUCUUUUGUCAUUUAAGACUCUUGUCUAAGGUUAAGCCAUUUCUGUCAAGGCGCGUCCAUGAAACUGUUGUGAUGCGUUUAUAUUUUUGCGCCCUUGGUUACAAUAAAUCCCUCCUACUUGGGCUGAGUCAAAGUGUUGUAACUUGUCUGCAGCAUUCCACAUACCAAGAGCUAG